AUGAGACCUGCUCUUAUCCUUUCUCAUCGUGCACCUCCAGUCCCAAAAUUCUUUAAAAAAGAGAGUCUGACCUUGGACCAUUUCCUCACCCGAGGUCGAGUAAUAUCCCUAUACCGUCAGAUAUUGAGAAGCACAAAAGGUCUUGACAAGCAUGAUGCACAAGAACUUAGAGCAUGGGCUCGAUCCGACUUUGAGCGUGCUCGCCAUGAAACGGAUUUAGACAAAAUAAAGGCAUUAUUAUCAUCCGGGAAGCAUCAAAUGCAUAAUCUCCAAAGUUCGAUUACACUUGCCCAUGCAAAAAAGUAG